CAUGUGGAGAAUAAGCAAAAGCCGCAGCUUUUCGUGUUCCUAGAAAAAUUGAUAUAUGCCGUGUCUAGACAAUAAAUAGGCGUACUUCCCCUGGCAGAACCUCCAGACUUCACUGAGAAAUGGAGCUAAGUCGGUUCGUGUUCGUAGCACUACUCAACUUCUUACCCUUUGGAUGCAGCAAGAUGGUUGAUUUUUGCCAGCUGCCCUACUGCGGAAUAAAUAACCUAGCCUGCAGAAAUCCAUCUAAAUUCAGCGUCAUGUGUCCAUCGAAUGCCAGAACUCUUUCCAUGUCGACCUACCGAAAUGUAUUGCUAAGUGCCUUUAAUGAGUUUCGCAACUUUACGGCGAGCGGAAAGCAAAAGUAUCUCAAGGCAGCAGCGGCACGUAUGUCCCGAUUGAGUUACUCAGUGGAACUGGAGAACCUUGCCCGACUGGCGGUCAUCACGUGCUCCGCGCACAAGUUCUGCCUGAGCUCACCGGAAUUCUAUUCCGUGGGCACCAAUACAGGUUCCACCUGCUAUUGGGGUAGCUUAAACGACUACGAGGACCUGGAACUCAUGUUGCAGACUAUCCAGGAUUGGACCGGAUAUGCGGACUACAUCAACAUUAAAAUGGUCCUCUAUAUGCCGACUACUUUGGAGAAAAGGGAAGUAGCAAAAGCCCUACUCCUGAUGGCAGACCGGAACACCCAUGUGGGCUGUGCGGCCAUGAGAUUCACAGUGGACUUCGUCCACAACUUCGUCUUCCUGUGCGCCUUCAGCACCGAUCUCUUCGUGGAGCGCCCCAUUUACCUGAUGUCUAGUAAACCAGGAACUGCGUGCCAGCGGCUGGAUCCCACAUACUCAGCGCUUUGUGCUGCUGGGGAAAACUACGACAACAAUAAACCCGUGGCGCAGGCAAGGGUAUUCCAGUUACCCCUUGAUGUAUCCAUUGCUCGCCAAGCUUACGUGCCAGCCACAUAGACCAAGCUUUAAGUAAACUUUUGAAUUCGCGCAGCAGAAACUAGUUUUUGUUUCUCCAGUUUUUUUAGAGUGCCGAUGGCCAGACAAAAGUACACGCCCCUGGAUACCCAAGCGAAAUCAGCGCACAAAAACAAAUAGUUAACACCCAGACAUGGUCAUGAAGGAGGAGCACAGAGGAGCACCAGCAGCAGGAACAGACAUUUCAGCGCAGCCUCGAUAAUCACAGGACACAUUUGCAUACAAACACGCUUCCGGGCUGAUGUCCUUCGCAUGCAAAUGAAAACAUUAGCGAGACACACGCGCAUCCGCAUCCGCAUCCGCGUCCGCAUCUGCGAAAUGCAGAUACAAGGCCAGGGACAGAUUCAGAACCAGAUACAGAUACAAAUGGCAUUCGUCGCUGUCGCUGCUGCCUCUUCCCUGCUCAAAUAUAUAUUUCAAUUAAAAUUUUACACACGAAUAAAUGCAAAGCCACGCCCAGCACAUUA